CCUGGUCCCGUCAACAUCAACCACCGACAUUUUCAUUCCUUGUUGUUCGGCAAGGACCAUCUCCUAUAAAUAAGCCCGCCUGCCUGCGCGUGGCUUGCUCUCAUAGUCUACCGAAACCGCUCCUGGACGGGCUGCGACGCGCGUAAUAAGAAUACUCAAGGGUCUGAGCUGGAUUUGCAUUCAUCCGAGCACAUCCAAGGGGUGGAAUUCUACAUAGUAGUCGUCACGGCUUAACGUCUUGGCCAUCCAUCGUCUGGACACGUCAUCGACAACACACGCACGAGCAUACGGAACAACAUGGCUUCGCGGGCUGGCGGGCCAUGCUCCAAGAGCUCAGGCUCGAGCACCUCUCCAUCCGUGACCGCGAGGUCGACAUCAGACCCCAUCCUCCGCAACGCGCUCCGCUACACCAUCUCGGCACGAGAAUAUGCAACGCUUCACAAAUACGUUAUCUCCCGAUCGCGAGCACUCAAGAACCGGGCGCCAACUGUGGACUCGGUGGAGAGGAUGAUAGGGCCCCCUAAGCCAGCUCAGUUACCGGACACGGCGGGUCCCGGAAGGAAAAAGGGUAAAGCAGGCAAGCAGGAGAUGGCCGCUGCCGUGCGUCGUGACGACGACUACAAUGCGCGGGCAAUCCGGCACUCGAUCCGCGUGUUCGUCGCGACUGGCGCGCUGAUGAAGCUCUGGGGGGUGGCGUCGGCGAGGUUGAUGUGGAAGAAGCAGGAUGCCGCAUCAACCACUGAAAAGAAGCAACCCCUGCACAAGUCACCGACCCUCCGCCUCUCCCUGUCCCUCAGCACUAUCCUGCUCCUGUACCGCAUCCUCUUCCGCUUCUUCAACCGCCUGCGCGCCCACCUCCUCGACCCAUCGGCCGCCCCUUUCCGGCUGCGCAACCCCAAGACGGCCGGCGCCCUGACGUCACCCUACGCGCCCGCUGUCGGCGCUUCCCUGGCCGGCCUCGCCUUGGGCGUAUACCCAAGUCGGCCGCUGCGCGUGACCAUCGCCCUGUACACCAUUUUUCGUGCCCUCGAGUUCGGGUGGAACUGCGCUGAGGAAAACGGCAUGGUGUGGGGAUGGAUCAAGGGCGUCAGCGGCAGGCCGGAUACGAAGAGGCCGCGGCCGUCGUGGUGGGGCAGCUGGAUGCUGCAGCCGUUUGCGUUUGGGCAGCUGCUGCAUGCGCUGGUGUUUGAUAGGGAUAUCUUGCCCUCGUUCUGGAGCAACUUGGUCCUCAACAACUCAGCUGCUUAUCUGCAGGGCAGGCCAGAGGAUUAUCCGUCCGGUCUGAGGUGGCCGCAACCUGGCGACAUCGUUGAUAGUCUCGCCCAGAUGGCGCGUCUCAACUGGCCAGCCUUCAUCCCUCCCGUGCUGUUCCCCACAAAAGAGGACAUCCUCCCGGCUUCUCUUUCCCCAAUCUCCCCGAUCACCUCGGGCGCCCACCCGCUCAUCACGGCUCUCUCGUGCGCGACGCUCCACCCGGCCGACCCCUCGUGCACCCGCACGUUCCUCACCUUUUGGCUGCACUCCUUCCCGCCCCUCACGCGCCUGCUCGUCGUCGUCUACUCAGCCAUGCUCCUGCCCAGGUUCUCGGCGCUGUACCACUUCCCCGUGUCGACGCUGCGCAACCUGGUCUCGUCGGCCCUGCGCACGGCCGGGUUCCUGACGGGCUCGCUCGCCACGGCCUGGUCGUCCAUCUGCUUCUUCCAGGCGUGGUUCCCGCGCACCUUUUUGCCAACGCAGCGGUUCUUUUUGGGUGGGUUCGCUGCGGGCUUGUGGGCGCUGCUUCAGCAGGGCCGGCCGGGGAGUAGGGGGGUGUUCUUGGCGAGUGCCAAGGUCAGUGUCGAGACCUUGUGGAAGGUUGGGGUCAAGAGGAGGUGGUGGCGGGCUAUGAAGGGCGGGGACGUGUGGGUGUUUGCUGCGGCGCUGAUGCUGACGGGCGUGGUGUACGAGAGGGAUGCGAAGGCGGUGCGGGAGGGAGCGUGGAGGAAGGGGAUCAGUUGGGUGCGCGGAGAGGGGUGGCGGGAUUGGGCGAUGGAGGACGAGGAGGAAGGUGACGAGGGGGAGGAUGGUGAGGGACGAGUCAAAGUGGAGUGAUCGGUAGCGAUUGUGUGCUGGCCCGGUGGGAGUGAUCAAGUUAUUGCAGGCGGUGAUGGCACGUUUGAUGAGACUAUGAUGUAUGAUUAACUACUAAUUUCUGGGGUGGCCGCAGUCAGGAGUUUGAGGAGUUACACAAACGGCGCAACAAGCAAGCUGAAAGAGAAGAAGGAAAGAAAACGAAG